AUAAACAUUAGAAAGAAAGUUGGAUGGCAGAUGUAGAGUUGAACGGAGGGAUGACUACAAUCUCUUCUACACCAGCCGCUGCGCAGAGUAUAAACCCUCUCUCCAGAAAGCUCAACAAGAUUUUGGAAACCCGCCUGGAUAAUGACAAGGACAUGCUGGAAGCUCUGAAAGCACUCUCUGCUUUUUUCAAUGAAAACAGUCUGCGAAGCCGGAGGAACUUACGGGGGGAUAUAGAACGUCGCAGUUUGACUAUUAAUGAAGAAUUUGUGGGAAUAGUUAAAAAAGUUCGGGAGGAACUUGAAAGCAUAAAUGAAGAUGUGCAAGCAAUGAGCAGCUGCUGUCAGGACAUGACUAGCCGGUUGAAGGCAACAAAGGAGCAGACUCAUGAUUUGGUUGCGAAAACAACAACGCUUCAGUCAGAAAAUCAGAGACUGGAAAUCCGAGCCCAGGUUGCAGAUGCCUUCUUACUAAAAUUCCAGUUGACGUCCGAUGAAAUGAACAUUCUCAGAGGCACCAGGGAAGGACCUUUAACCGAGGACUUUUUCAAGGUUUUGGGAAGAGUCAAACAAAUCCACAAUGAUGUCAAGCUACUCUUGCGUACCAACCAACAAACUGCAGGGCUGGAAAUCAUGGAGCAAAUGGCUUUGCUUCAAGAAACCUCUUAUGAGCAACUUUACCGUUGGGCACAAAAUGACUGCAGAACGUUGACACAAGAGUCAUGUGAUAUCUCUCCUAUUCUGGCUCAGGCUAUGGAUGCUCUGCAGGACAGACCUGUACUCUACAAUUACACCUUGGAUGAAUUUGGAACAGCAAGAAGGAGCGCAGUGGUCCGAGGAUUCAUUGAUGCUCUAACACGGGGAGGACCUGGGGGCACACCACGACCUAUUGAAAUGCAUUCCCAUGAUCCUCUGAGGUAUGUUGGAGACAUGCUGGCCUGGCUACAUCAAGCAACCGCGUCGGAAAAAGAGCACCUGGAAUCUCUGCUAAAGCUUGUAAAUAUUCAAGGCGUUGAAGAUAAUAUCCAGGAGGUGGUCGGUCACAUCACAGAGGGUGUUUGCAGGCCAUUGAAGGUUCGUAUUGAGCAAGUCAUUAUUGCAGAGCCCGGGGCUGUUUUACUGUUCAAGAUUUCCAAUCUCCUAAAGUUUUACCAUCAUACCAUAAGUGCAAUUGUUGGCACAAGCGCCUCUUCACUGCUGACUACAAUUGAAGAAAUGCACUUAUUAAGCAAAAAAAUAUUCUUCAAUAGCCUAAGCCUACAUGCAAGUAAACUGCUGGAUAAAGUGGAGCUGCCCCCCGCCGAUCUCGGGCCGAGUUCUGCUUUAAACCAGACGCUUACAUUAUUGCGGGAGGUUCUUGUCUCCCAUGACUCUUCUGUUGUUCCACUCGAUGCACGGCAGGCUGAUUUUGUACAGGCCCUGUCCUGUGUGUUGGAUCCAUUACUACAGAUGUGCACAGUGUCUGCCAGUAAUUUAGGAACAGCUGACAUGGCCACUUACAUGGUCAAUUGCCUCUACAUGAUGAAGACAACACUUGCUCUAUUUGAGUUUACAGACAAGCGCCUGGAGAUGUUGCAGUUCCAAAUUGAAGCACAUUUGGACACUCUUGUAAAUGAACAAGCCUCAUAUGUAUUAACAAGAGCUGGACUAAGUCAGAUAUAUAGCUGUGUACAACAACACAAGCCUGAGCAGGGGCCACUAUCAAACCUACCCAGUAUGGAUUCUGUAUCCCUCAAGGCUGCUAUGGUGCAAUUUGACCGUUACCUGUCGGCUCCUGACAACUUGCAAAUGCCACAGCUGAACUACUUUUUAAGUGCCACAGUAAAAGAACAGAUCAUUAAGCAAUCUACAGAAUUAGUCUGCAAAGCCUACAGUGAACUCUAUGAAGCAGUUAUGAAGCCGGUGAACGGAUACAAGGACCCAACCAGCAUUCUGCAUAGAUCUCCUCAACAAGUCCAGACUCUGCUUUCAUAAAGGUUACUUAUUGCAGCAUUUCUUUCCUGGAAGUAUUUAUGUAAUAGGCUGAAUACAUUGAGUGUGAAGGUGAUUGUAAAUAAAGGAUUAUACAUGAUGACACCCAUA